CAACGUCACGUAGCGGCAGCGGCGGCGUCCGACGGGAGCUCCUCGGGCUCUGAUUGGCAGCCAAUGGGAUCGCAGAGCAGCAGCCGGGGGGCGGGGCCGGAAGAGGAGGGGAGGGGGGAGGGGCAGGAGGAGGAUGACGUCGACCUGAGGAGGGUCCUGAGCCUGUUGCUGAGGGGUCGCUCCGUUCAGGACCCCUCCGAUGAGGAAGAGGAGGAGGAGGAGCAGUGGGGGUGGGGCAACGAUGACGUCACCGCCCCCGCUCCGCCCCCUCCGGACACGCGGGUGCUGGACGGGCACGAGCUGAAAGCUGAGCUCCUAUUGGCUCGUGGGAAGGGGGCGGGGCCUAAGGAGGAGAACCUGCCCCGGCUGCUGCGGAUGCGUCAAUGGGGCAGGUGCCGCAACAGCAGCUUCUCCUAUGGGGAGCGUUCAAUGCUCAGCUCCCAUUUCCUCCCCAACCAUGAGGCCUUUAAGGACCAAUAUCCACAAAAGGCUUUUUGUGGGAUCUACUCCCCUGAUGGCUCCUUGUUUGUGUCAGCGUCACAAGACCACCUCCUCCGCUUCUAUUGGUCACGUGACCCGCUGAGGCUCCGCCCCUUCCGCUCCGCCCCCGCCCGGGACGUUGGGUGGAGCCUGUUGGACGUGACCUUUACCCCCGACGGGACCCAGUGUGUGUACUGCAGCUGGUCCAACUAUGUUCAUGUCUAUGACAUCUAUGGGGAGGGAGACAACCACACAGCUCUGGACAUGAGACCUGACAACAGCCGUUUCUCCAUCUUCUCCCUGGCUGUGGGUCCGGACGGACGUGAGAUCCUUGGGGGCGGCAGCGACGGAUGCGUCUACGUCUAUGACCGGGGGGUGCAGAGGAGAACACUGAGGGUCGAGGCCCACGAGGACGACGUCAAUGCUGUGGCUCUGCUGGACCCUGGGGGGCAGCUGCUGCUGUCGGGGGGGGACGAUGGAGUCACCCGAGUGUGGGACCGAAGAUCUAUGGGGCAGGAAGGGGCCAGACCUGUGGGGCUGUUGGCAGGACAUAGGGAUGGGGUCACCUUCCUGCACCCCAGGGGGGACUCCCGUUAUGUGCUCUCCAACUCCAAGGACCAGAGCUGCAAGCUAUGGGACCUUCGCUGCCCCACAGGCCCCAAUGGGCUGGAGGCCACACGAAGAGCAGUGGCCAAGCAGGGAUGGGACUACAGAUGGCAGCGGGUGCCCCAUAGGGCGCUGACGUCACCCCCCCUGCCGGGUGACACGUCCCUCAUGACCUACCGCGGUCACGUGGUCCUCAACACCCUCCUGCGCUGCCGCCUGGCCCCGCCCCCCGGCCCCGGAGCCGGCCAAUACCUGAGCGCGGCCUGUGCCACGGGAGCUGUGAUUGUCUAUGACGUGCUGACCGGGAGGCCCGUGCGGCGCCUGACCAAUCACAGCGGCUGCGUCCGUGACGUCAGCUGGCACCCGGAGGGGGGGGCGCUGGCCAGUGCCUCGUGGGACGGAUCCAUUCGCCUCUGGACCUAUCAGGAGCCGGAUCAGGAGCCAAUGGGAGAGCAGAGGGGGAGGGACCCACCCUAAGCUCCGCCCCCUGCCCCAUAGCGGGACCCACAAUAAACCUCUGUGAACCC